AUGGGACCCCAGCCAAACCAGCCAAGCCCACUGAGCUUGCCACCGGUGCGGAGGCCGGGUGAUGGGGCCACCGUUCCUUCAUCCUUUCCCCCGGCUCUGUCCUUCCUUCUGCUUCUGCCCCUGGCCGCUGCCCUGCAGCCCACACCACUGACCUUCCCAGAGCUGAGGCUGGUGGGCGGCCCCAGCCGGUGCCAGGGUCGCCUGGAGGUCCUACAUGGCGGCUCCUGGGGCAGCGUGUGCGACGAUGACUGGGAUGUGGUGGACGCCAACGUGGUGUGUCGUCAGCUGGGCUGCGGCUUGGCCCUGCCGGUGCCGGGGCCGCUGGCCUUUGGCCAGGGCCAGGGCCCCAUCCUGCUAGACAACGUGGACUGCCGCGGCCAGGAGGCGGCACUGAGCGAGUGCGGCAGCCGGGGCUGGGGCAUCCACAACUGCUUCCACUAUGAGGAUGUGGCGGUCCUGUGUGAUGAAUUCUUGCCUUCCCGUUCCACCAUAAUGAGGAAAAUGUUAACCAGCCCAGCGCCACCCAUCACUUCGCAGAACUGGAGAGGUGAGGGCAGCCUGCGCCUGGUGGGUGGCUCGAGGUCGUGCGAGGGCCGCGUGGAAAUACUGCACGCCGGCUUGUGGGGCACUGUGUGCGACGACGACUGGGGGCUAUCGGACGCCACCGUGGUCUGCCGCCAGCUGGGCUGCGGGGAGGCCUUGGCCGCCACCACCAACGCCUUCUUCGGCUACGGCACGGGGCACAUCCUCCUGGACAACGUGCACUGCGAAGGCAGCGAGACCCGCCUGGCAACCUGUUCCAGCCUCGGCUGGGGAGUGCACAACUGCGGCCAUCACGAGGACGCGGGAGUGUUCUGCGCAGUCCCGGGUCCUCCGACGCUCACACCGCUGCCACCCUCGGCCAUCGGAGACUGGGCCUGGGCCACAGAGUUACCAGGUAAAGAGCCGGCACUGCUGACCACUACUACCUGGUCAGCAGGUAAAAAAAGUGGGAGGCUGCGGUUGGUGGGAGGCCCGAAUCCAUGCCGCGGCCGAGUGGAAGUGCUGUACGCCGGGGGUUGGGGCACCGUGUGCGACGAUGACUGGGACUUCGCGGAUGCGCGCGUGGCUUGCCGUGAGGCGGGCUGCGGACCCGCGCUGGGCGCCACGGGCCUCGGUCACUUCGGCUAUGGUCGCGGUCCCGUGCUGCUGGACAACGUGGGUUGCAUGGGGACCGAGGCCCGCCUGAGCGACUGCUUCCACCUGGGCUGGGGCCAGCACAACUGCGGCCACCACGAGGACGCCGGCGCGCUCUGCGCAGGCCCAGAGGAGCUGGUCCAGCAGGAGGAGGCUGAGACCACGCGGGCUCCCACUCCUCGACCCAGGGAUGGACACUUUCGCCUCGUCGGUGGAGCCCACCGGUGCGAGGGGCGUGUGGAACUCUACCUAGGGCAGCGUUGGGGCACCGUGUGUGACGACGCGUGGGAUCUGCGGGCAGCCAACGUCCUGUGUCUCCAGCUGGGUUGCGGCCAAGCCCUGGGAGCCCCCGGCGAGGCCCACUUUGGCCAGGGCCGAGGCCCCAUCCUCCUGGACAACGUCAAGUGCCGCGGUGAUGAGAGCACUCUGCUGCUCUGCUCCCACAUCCGCUGGGAUGCCCACAACUGUGACCACAGCGAGGACGCCAGUGUCCUGUGCCUGCCGCCAUGAGCCCCCCACCACUCUGCAGA